AUGACAUUCAAGGAGUUGGUGCACAGGAUUGUAGAUCGAAUCAAGAAUGAGCAGUACUUUCGAAGGCCAAACAAGAUGGGAAGGGACCCAUCAAGGAGAAAUCGGAACAUGGUGUUGAAAGAUCAUUUAAAGCAGCUAGUAAAAGCGGGGUAUUUGAAAAUUUUCGUGGUGGACCCAAGGAAUCAAGAUGCCGAGCAGGGAACUCAACCCCAGGGGAACCCUCUCCCACCCCCAUUGGGAGUGAUAGAGGUCAUCCACACAGCCUCAAGGGGUACCCUAGUGUCCAAAAGGAGAGGGGUACUAACCGUGGUGCCAAUAGAGGGUUGCCUGGGUGAGCAGCCUUCUGAGAAGAUGUUGAAGCCUACUCGGGAGCCCAUCGCCUUCAAUGAUGAUGACCUGGAAGGAACGAUCCAAGCACACGACGAUGCCUUGGUGGUCAUGGCCCGAAUAAAUGGCUUUAUAGUCAAGAAGGUGUUGAUAGAUCAAGGGAGUGGUGCUGAAGUGAUGUAUCCCGACCUAUUCAACGGGCUUGGCUUGAAGAAUGAGGACUUCUCUAAGUACGAUACACCCCUGGUGGGGUUUGAUGGUCAAAUGGCGAUCCUAGAGGGGUAG